GCAGCUAGUCGCCCUGAACCACUGUGCCUCCCGUCGUCAGCACAGUUGGUAGCGAGCUCCCGUGGGAAUAAGACAUACCCCUCUGUGCCAGGAUUUGCCUUUUACCUUUGGACUUUUUUUACCACAGUGCUUGAGAGCUCAAGAUGUCACACAACGAAGAACAUUACCACGAGGACCUGAGCCGUACAUACUUUAUAGACAUGGCGGACAGUACAUAUCAACUGCAACCCAUGGAGGCUAUGGCAAUCCCUCCCGACCCUACUCCAUUUAUCAGUUCGACCUACCUCACGAUGUCAGAGAUAAGUUUGGAUCAACCACUGCUGGCACCAGAAGCUGAAGGAGGCGAUCUGUCUGACUCCACGAUUCCAGAGGUAACUUUUGAUCAACCACUGCUGGCACCUGAAGCUGAAGGAGGCGAUCUGUCUGACUCCACGAUUCCAGAGGUAACUUUUGAUCAACCACUGCUGGCACCUGAAGCUGAAGGAGGCGAUCCGGCAGUCUCCACCAUGCCAGUGGUAACUUUAGAUCAACCACUACUGGCACCUGAAGCUGAAGGGGGUGUUCAGCUUCCUGCCUCUUCUCAAACCUCGCGUGAGAAGGCAGUCCCAAGCACCAGCUGUGGACGCAAGAGUAGGAAGCGCAGUAAUGAAAACAAGGAAGGGAAAAAGAAAAUCCCUAAAUACAUGCAGGACGAAAAUUAUCCAAAUCUGACACGUCAAGAAAGCAAUUCCAUUAAGAAUUCUAAAAACGCCAAAAAGAACAGAGAUAAGACGGAGAGAAAAAUCCAGGAGCUGGAGCAACGGGUUGAUGAUGUCGAAGAAGUAAACAAUCAACUGGUAAAGGAAAACAAUCAACAGAUAGAACAAAACAACCAAAUGAUGAAGGAAAUCAAUAUGCUUCAUUCCAAAAUUAGGAAUCAAAAUCAAAUAAUCCAGUGGUAUCAGAGACGGGAAGACAAGAUGAAGAAGCUGAUGAAUUCGCCACCAAACUCUGGCAUGCUCCAGUAGACAUUGCCAGGAAGCCUGCCACACUCGCGGAUAAAAUCGGUAAAGUUUUACAUUUGUAAUGUUAUAAUCAAGGAAACACAUGUGGGUAUCUUUCUAGAUUAACAAUUUUUACUUAAAAAUUUUACUAUAACAAAAUAUGUCUGUGAUUUUAUUUUUUUCAUAUUGUGGCUGGACUUCUUUCUAUUACUCACUUCCGCCUCCUGCAAACACCUAGAACUUACUGAAUAGCGAGAAAGUUGUUGGCCCUCGUUAAAGAAACACCAAUGUUAACUUCACAAAUUUCAGGAAAGACGAACAGUACAAUGGAAGUGCCUUGACCUUAAGGACAAUCAGUUCCCCGCAGUGCCUUACAAUUACUUAUUGGUUUUCUAGUCCUUUAGAAUCUUCGACAUCCAAGAUGUCAACAAUAUGCCGCCAUUGUGGCAGUGCCACUUUAAAAAAAAGGAAAGGCCACAUCAUAGAUUGUGCCUCCAUUCCAUAAACUGCUUACGUAUAGGCUCCGGAGAGACAGGACCUUUGUUGUUAAACAGUAUAAGACACUGAUGAACUAAAGAAUAAGUACAUAUGACGGAACAAGUGUAACGAGCUUUGACGCGAGUCACGUUCAACUAGUGAGUUACUCGGCCUGUCAAGUUACUGCAAACAUCUAAUGGGUUGAGAAUGUGAUGCGGCCUAAUUACAGCGCUCAAGUAAUGCUAGUCCGCGUAGCCAUUAGCAGGGGAAAUGUGCAAAUAAAAAAAAAAAAAAAAAAAAAAUAAAUAAAUAAAAAAUAAAUGAAAUAAAAUAAAAAGGACAGCACUCAACUUGUUACACAAUUUAUAUUCUAAUAAACAGUCAUCUUUGAGGCACUACUCAAAGUAACAUGAGUUGCAUAAAGAGUUCCUUUAAUUUAACAGUUUCCAUUAUGAUCCUGAGGACAGAAGAGAUGCAAUGACUGUCAACAAUAGUUAGGCAGAAUUAUUGUCAUUAUGUAAUCAUUAUGUAAACAAAAUAUUGUGUUUCAGUCUGUAACACUCAGCAUGUCUUUUUCGUAUUGUAUCUCCUUUCCACUUAUUUUGUAUUUGUAAACUCUUAUGUCACGUUUUUUUUUUUUUUUGGCCAGUAUGACUAUUUUCCAUAGACCCAUUCGCUUCAGUAAUUUAAAAGCUGAAUGGAUUUAUAAUGUUUUUAAUCAUAUAUGAACACUGCAAUCAUCAAAUCAGACUGGAAACAUAUUACAAAAUCAAGGCAUGCUGCUUAGUGGUAACAAAUCUGCUCUUAUAAUUUUAUGUCUCUAAUGAUUUAAUUUUAUCCGUAGAAUUUCUUGUGAACAUGUUAGUAUUGUAAAACUGAUAGAAAUUUGUUUUAUUUAUUUAUUUAUUUUUUUUGGUGUUAAUUUUUAUCCUUUGUAAAAAGACCAUUGAUUGUAUUGAGGUAUUGUACAGUACAUACAUAGUUCGCAAGAGAUGGAACACAAAGUUUUUAAAAUGUAUUUUGCUUGAAUUAAUUUGCUUUUAAUCUUUGCAACAUUAAUUUGUUUAAAUAAAAUUGGCUGCUUA